AUGAUAAAUAAUUUUAAAGGUAUUUUAAUAAUAAUUUUAUCAUUUUUAUUUUUAUUAUUAUUUAAAUAUUCAAACGCAGAUGAUUAUUUCCCAUACCCAUUUUUUAAUGACCAAUCAAAUCAAGUAAUUCUAUUUACUGAAAUUAAUUUUCAAGGUGAAAAAUUCAUUUAUAAUACAAGUAUGGGUUAUUUAGAAUUACCAAAUAAAUUUCAUAAUAAUGUUGGUUCAUUCAUUUCUGGAACUAUAAAUGUGUGCUUUAUAAAAUGGGAUCCAUUUGAACAACAUCAAAUCUAUUCUCGUAGAGUAAAUAAAGAUUAUUUUUCAAAUAACAGAUUUGGUUCAAGAAUUGAUGGUAUUUAUAAUGGAUUAUGUAGAGAUAGUAUUUGGAAGUAA